UAUAGCACCGAUUCUCUCUCAAACUCGGUUGGGAUGUUGCAGCACCGAGUUCUCUCUCAAACACGAAACUAGGCUGUUAUCUGCACCCUAUUGUUGCACAUGUUUCGAUUCCAUCACCACCGAUAAGAUUGCAAUCCACCCCGACUCGUUAGGCACAGGUUUGAUAUGCAAGACAGUGGCUUCCAAUUAUUCGAAAGUAACAAGGUCGACACAAACCUAAGUGAAGAUUUGGAUGAGCAUAUGGAAGAUGAAUUGACUGGGAGUAUUGGAGACAUGUUUGAUAUGGAAGACAGUGGUUUACAAGAUCAUUGCAAAAACUCCGUUAGUGAAGAUUUGAAUGACCAUAUGGAAGAUACAAACGGUACACCAGACGAAGAAUUUGAUGAUCGUAUACUCUUCAAAGGCAAGCCGUAUAAGGACUUGACAUUAGAGGAUCUUCGUGGUGUUGAGUUCAAGAGUGUGGAAGACGUGGACAGAUUCUACUCCUAUUAUUCAUUGGCAAUGGGUUUCAGCAUGAGGAAGUUUAAACUUGACAAGAAUCGUUCUGGAACACAAUUCAACAGAAGAGUGCUGGUUUGCUCAAAACAAGUUGCGAGUGUCGAAGGAAUGCACGUCACAAGGACUGAUCUUCAAUGCCUCGGUCCAAGGGAGCUUGUCUGCAGCCUUGUUAUAAAUAUAUUUGUGGAGUACCUUAACGAAAUAGGAAAGGAGGAUUGGUAUGUCCCAACAUACUUCGGGAGAAACUCUAUAAAAAUGGGAGACAACAUGUCAACUCAAGAAUGGAUUCAACAGACUAAAAGACUAAGUAGGCUUGACAGAUUCAUUGGCCAUUUUGCCAAAUGCAGAAGGAUUUUUAUCCCAAUGCACGACCCAGGAAUACAAGAGAAGGAUGCACAUUGGUAUUUAUUGGUGGUGCAUGUCAGAGAUAGGUCUGCAGAGAUCCUUGAUAGUGCUCCAAAUCCUUCCAAAACAAUAUCCCGGCAAAGAGAUGCACGGGCAGCGGUAUGGUUCUUCAAGUAACAUAAAUAAGCUACAAAAUAUCCACAUACUAUAGGUGUAAUUUGAUCUUAAUUUCCUCAAACAUAAGUUUACAUGUUUU